AUGCACCAGCGAAGUCAAAAGGAUGAGGAUAGGACAUGGUAUGGUAACUUGCGAGGUUCAGAUGGGUCUUGGAACACGAGAACUGCCUGCGGAAGGUUCGGACAAGUGCGCGUGGCCUUCGGAAGGUCAAGGGAGGUCGGGGAAUGGUAUGAAUACUUAGUGAAAAUUCUGCGAAUUUGGGCGCACAUGACCAAAGUUCCAACAAGGGAAAUGAUGCGGGGUUCGGUGGUUCGGCGAAUUUCCUCUGUUAACCCAGAUGCCGAGCACAUCAUGUGCACAUUCCUUGCUCUCGUCGUUGAGCUCGACCAGCUCUUGGCAAUCAUUCCAGAGGAGGACACUCCCUUCCUCGACAAGGAAGUUUGGUGCCAUGACUGGUCCAAGUUUUUCGGAGAUAACUUCUCCUCUUGCCAGAAGGAGGCAAAGGAGAAGGGUGUGACUCUCCCAAUGUCUGGCAAAAUCGCUGCGAAGGGCAAUGCCUGCGUUGCCGCCCUUCCGAAGGUUCAAGAUGCAGUUUGUGCGAUGAAGGAGGAGGCCGCCAAGCAGGCCAAGGCAAAGGCUACAGAGGAGGAACGGGUGAGGCUCGCGGAGGAGGAAUGGAAGAGGUUGGCGAGCGAGGAAGCGGCGAGGAAUGUUGCCAAGGAGGAGACUACGGCACCGGAUGAGGAGGAGAAGGAGUCAUCCGAGGAGGAGGAGGAGGGGGAAGAUGGUGAUGCGGAAGCAUCAGGCGACCGACAGGUCGCAUGUCGACCAAAUCUACGCCGGCAAUCCGGUACUCUAAGCGGUGCGCUUGCUGCGAGUGGCAGAAUUCCGCCUGCUUUGGUUUGGCGGGCCAGAGCUGCCAACCGUGCAAGAGAGCGCACGUCUGAAGGCAAGAAGGCUGUGGCGGCAACUCUGGCGCCGGUUGCUGGGCCUUUUCGCCCCGCAGCUGUUCCGGUGGCGUGGGCCAUCUCUAUCUCAGAGGACGAUCACGUCGCGCCUCGCCUGGUCGCAAGAGGCUCGAAGAGGAAGGCCGUGGAAGCAUUGGAGGAGGAGGUGGAGACUUUGGAUGAGGUGGAUGAGGCUUUGCAGAAGCAGUUCGAGGUGAUGGAGGCCAAGUGUGUUCAGGCGGAGGGGAUAGUGAGGGAGAUGUGGAUCGGCAUGGACCUUAUCGCUAGAAUGAUCACGAAGCGGUGCCGCAUGCACAAGUAG